GCGCUGGAAGAUGGCUGCGGUGGAGCGGACCCCGGUCAGGGAAGGGAUCCGGAUAGUUUCACUGUGCGUGUGCUGGUACACGGUCAGCUCGGGGGGCAACAUCGUCAACAAAAUCAUCCUGAAUGGAUUCCCGUACCCGGUCACGGUCUCUCUGUUCCAUAUCAUCUCCAUCGUCGUCUUCCUCCCGCCGCUGCUGCGGGCUUGGGGAGUCCCCAAAACAGAACUGCCGAGCAGGUACUACCGCUGGUACAUCCUGCCGCUAGCUUUCGGGAAAUACUUCGCCUCCGUGUCGGCUCACUUCAGCAUAUGGAAAGUGCCUGUUUCGUACGCGCACACCGUCAAAGCCACGAUGCCAAUAUGGGUUGUGCUGCUAUCAAGAAUCAUCAUGAGGGAGAAGCAAACCACAAAGGUCUACGUAUCGCUCAUCCCCAUCAUCGGCGGAGUGCUGCUGGCCACGGUGACUGAGCUGUCCUUUGAUGUUUCGGGACUAAUCAGCGCUCUGGCCGCCACUCUCUGCUUCUCUCUGCAGAACAUUUUCUCCAAAAAGGUGUUGCGAGACACAAGAGUUCAUCACCUGAGGCUGCUCAACAUCCUCGGCUUUAACGCUGUGAUCUUCAUGCUGCCCACUUGGGUUCUCGUCGACCUCUCAGUGUUUCUUGUGAACGGAGACCUGUCGGACGUCUCAGGAUGGUCCGGCACCUUCGUCCUCCUGCUCAUCAGCGGCUUCUGCAAUUUUGCCCAGAACGUCAUCGCCUUCAGCGUGCUCAACCUCGUCAGCCCUCUCAGCUACGCCGUGGCCAACGCCACCAAGAGGAUCAUGGUCAUCAGCAUCUCGCUGUUAAUGCUGCGCAACCCGGUCACCCUCACUAACGUCAUGGGUAUGAUGACGGCCAUUGUUGGAGUCUUCCUCUACAACAAGGCCAAGUAUGAUGCAAACAAGGAGAAGAAGCUGUUGCCGAGCGCCAAGCAGGACCUGAUGUCCUUUGACAACCCGGCGCUGGAGAAGCUCCAGAGCAACGGGUCAGUGCCUUUCUCUCACGGCUCAGAGCAGCAGCAGCACAGCUGGAACAACGUGCUGACCGACCACUUCCAGUACAGCCGGCAGGCCUACACGACGAACUACAGCAGCAACCACCAGUACGUUGUGUAAAGGAGGAGUGUGUCCUCGUCCUGGGUAGCUGUCAUAGACAUUACUGUGUGUAGCCGCCCUCCCAGCAGCGGGUCUUCACCGCCUGCUCCAAACUCGAGACUGAAGGCAAGUGCUGUUUGUUCUGGAUAGUAAGAAUGAGAUGUGUCGGUCAUAGAGGGCCAGAGAUGUGACCUCUCCCAUGCCACUCCCUGUCUAAACUUCAUUUUCAGACAGCUUUGCUGUAGGUCAUCGCUUAUUUAUUACUUCGGUACCGACUGUACGGGAUGGUGUGAGAGAAAACAAAACUUUAAUCAGCCAUUUUCAGACAUGUUGGUGACGGUUGAAGCCAUGAUGUUCAGACACGUAGAUGUGCCACAGCAGCAGGAAGACGUUGUGGCAGGUAGUUGAAAAAUGAUCUAUUUUUUGUGACUGUCUGGAAAUGUUAAGAGUUUUGUUUUCACAACCAGCCAUAUUUAGUUUUGGGUUGUUUUGUUCACUUUGAAAAGAAAGCAUGUCAUCUGUAGCCAUUUACUGUGAACGGUAACUUGCACCGAGUCAGGAGACGUCGUGUUGCCUCGUGUAACAAGCUGAGUGAAACAGAAGGUCUUUAUAUUUUUGGUUUGGGGCAUUUCAUGUUUACGAUGGUCAUUUUUCUUCAUGGGACACUUCUAUUGUGAGGACGAACAAACUGCUCAGACUGUUCUGAGUGAAAACAUCUUGAGGUCGAUGGCACUUGUUGGGAAAGUUGUGGUUUUGUAGAUUUGAUCAGAGAUGUUUUUAGCUGUGCUGGCACCAUGAUUCUACAGACGUCACUGUUUUGGACCAGACUGAAACAUCUCAAUGGAUGGAUUGCCUGAAAAUCUGGUGCACACAUUCUUGUCUCUGACUUUUCAUCAAGUGCCAUCAUCGUGUCAAAAUUUUCAUUCAUCCAAUGCUUUGGUUUGCGACUACCUAUGAAACACCUUCAGCUGUUCUUCCUUAAGUGCUAAUUAGCAAAAGCUAGCAUGCUAACAUGAUACGCUAACAUGGGGAAUAUGGUAAUCGUACCAGACAACCCUCAGCAUGUUGGCACCGUCAUUGUGGAACACACUAGCAUGCUAACAUUAGCACUUAGCUCAAAGUACUGCUACCGAAGUGGAUCCUCACAGAAGCGCUUGCAUGGCUGUAGGCUGUAGACUCAAGAUGCCGCUGUAGAUAUGAAUUAGACUGCUGUAGCUCGAUUUCUGCACUCACUUUACAAGGUAGUUCAAAAAAAUGCAAGUUCCCAAUGAAGAAAAAUGCCCAAAUCUGUUCACUUUGUCUGCAACAAGCUGAGGCUCAUAAACGUUUUGCACACGCAGAUCAGUAAAGUUAAAGUCAGCAAGUGUUCCUAACUGCCAUUGAUAGAAAAAAAAAAACCCACACAAAGCGUCCAAGAGCGAGACCGGCUCUGUUAUCCGGAGAGGUCAAUGACCUCUUAAAAAUCUGCCCUUUUCACCAAUGAAACCGAAAAGUUUCAACUUGAGGUCUAAAUGUAAAAAGUUAGCAUAAAGUUAGAAUCACCAAAACAAAGCAUCCUGACGAUACUGUAGAGAUGCCCUUUGUUUCACCUUGUUUAGCCAGUCUAACCAUGUAAGAUGCAAUAGAGAUGUUACGUUUACUUAUUUUGUCAUCAUAGUUUGGAGGUAAUGAGUUGAUUUAAAAUAAUGCAUAGAUUUGUUUUUUUUUAAUUGAUUGUCGGUAUUUAUUGAUCUGUGAAGCUUCUCAGGCAGAGUGAGGUCUUCUCUCCUGUCAGGUGACUUUUUUUUUUCCCGCCUGAACCAAAGCUGCUGUGUCAUGUUUCUGUUUUAUUUUAUUUUAUUUUAAAACAGAGGCUUGCGUCAAGUUUGCACAUCAUGAAACACCUUUAAAUGCAGAUUGUGACCGUCUGGCCAACCGGCGUUGUUGGUGCCGGAGAGUCACCGGACGGACUUGAUUUGAGAAUGAGACGUGCAUGAAAUCCCAGGUUUGGUUUGUGCAAUUAAAGAUUCAACUUUAAUUUCAGGUGGACUUCAUUAUCAUCAUUAUUGAUUGCAAUGUCUGCAGAAUUGAUAAUCAAUCAUCAUUUGUAUUUUUAAAAAUGGUUUUUACUGCUCGAGGAACUAUUUAACGUAGGAAACAUCGGCCGCUCGUGUUUCUCCUUUGCGGGAUAGCUUGCGCUGACUGAUGCACUCAUCGUGUCACUACAGCAAUAUAAAGUCUCUUAUCUGCUUUCUUCGUGGCUCAGAUGCUUCGGCGUCAAGUGCGAGUCGUAGCCUGUGAGCUUCUUCUUUUUUUUGUUUUUUUUUUCAGCUGUAGUCUCUUGUAGAUUGGGGUUAGGGGAUACUGUGGUUAAUAAUAUGCCUUUUUAUGUACUUUUUUGACACUUUAAACACUGUCAUAGUAUUUAGUCUGAAGAAAAACCCCCCAAAAUAAUCUGCAGAGAGCUCUGAGGGCUCAGCGGGGCCUCCCAGAGACAAACCUCUUUAUGGAUUCAUGGGGAAAACUACUGCUGACGAAUGACAGGUUGUAGGAAAAGAUGGUAAAACUCCUGUGUGGUAUAUUGAGUUUUUAGCAGCUCUGGAACAAUUACUACCUUCCUCAAAUGCCUGUUUUAAGUUAGAUUUGGUUGAUUGUUGUUGGCAUUGAGGCUGCAUCGAACUGAAUCUUUAACAACGCCACAAACUGCAGCCUCUGAACUAACAAAGGACACGGAUCAGAACCUCUUUGACUCAACACCAGCAUCGAUUAAAGUUUCACGGAAGUUGCGUUUCUCUACUGGAAUAUUUUAGUUUCGUAACCAUCGUGAAAACCUCAAAAUAUCAUCGCAUGAAAUGACAGCACAGAACUGUGCAGCGCUACGGGGCUGACUGGUUUCACGGCUGCCUGGAUCUUUAAGUGUGUUCCCUUCAGCUUAAAGCACCUGUGAUGAACACCGUACGCUAUCUUCCCAACACCAGUCGCACUGGAGAGCAUUCAGUAGCUAAAGAGCCAGUUAUUUCCAACGAGGUGGUGGAGACCAAAACAGAGCUUAAAGACGAAUGGAAUUCAUCAGGCGACAGCAAACGUAUUUAUUACGUCACCACAGCGUCGUCCUAGUUUGUGCUUCGGUUGUAUGAAUACUCGGAUCUCUAAAAGACUGUUUCGUGAUUACCUAAAGUAUUCCGAAUCUCCUGCAGUCAGUCACGGAGGCGCACACGCAUCACUUCAACUGUAAAUCAUGUACAUUUCCACUUUUUUUUACCAGGUUCGUUCUUUCAUUUAAACCAGCAGCAUGUGGCGCCUCGAUAAUGUGGAACAUUUUCAUAUUGUUGCCUCUUGGGAAACGAGUUUUGUAAAUAUCAAGAGGGAAACCGUCACCAUGGAUACAACAAAUGCUUUUUAAUAGGGAUGUCCGAUAUUGGCAUAAAAAUGUAAUAUCUGUCAAUAUCGUUAUUGUUUUUUUUUCGAUAAAGUAAUGCCUGGAUUUCGCCAGCGCGCAAAUGAUGAUAACGUCAAACUGCGUCAUGAAGUGGGCAGCAAGUGUGGCCGCAGUAACAAACAUAUGUCGGUAUCGGUUGAUAUCGGAAAUUGAGAGUUAGAGAAUAUCGGCAUAUCGAAUAUUGGCAAAAAAGCCAAUAUCGCACAUCUCUACUUUUCAAUGAUUUCAAGUCAAAUAAAAUCUACUCUUCAGCUGUUUAUCAGAUCCGUGCAGUAACUCACGUGAAAUGCGACACCCUAUUAACUAAAUGUUUUAUGUUCGGUUUUGAAGCAUAUCAACAACGGAGCAAUCUGACUAUGACGAUAUCCGACUAACCAACUAAAACUACUUCAGAAAGACACUAGCCGAUCACAUCAUUGAUUUAUUCUAAAACCUCCAUGUGUAGUCUGUAUUUCAGAGGGUUCACGUUCCAAAGUUCUGCACAUUUGUUGGAUGCGGUAACGUGAAGCUGCUGAACUUAACUGCAGCUGUCUCCAGAUCUUAAACAGAUCUUAACGGUUCAACUUUAAAGGGCCUUCAGUCACAUUCUAAGUGUUCACCAUUCAUCCAUCGCUACUGCUGCAGCCAACAUUUCCACACUCUAGUUUCUUCACGUCUUUCUUCGUGUCCUUCCUCAUGUUGCCAAAAGCAGAGCUUUGUGACGCAUCGCAGGACGGAGGCCUUGCUAGCAGGUGGACGAGAUGCAGCGAGUGCUUCUCCAGUUUCUGUGCACCGAGCGUGCCGGGAGAACGUUUAGAGAACGGUCGCUUUAGAUGCUGGCUCUCUGUCGUAAAGCUUUUCACUGGGAUGUAAAUGUCAAUGAGAGGAGAAAGGGGAGAAUACUUUGUAAAACUUGUAUAAUUAUUAUUUUUGUGUGUCUUUAAUGGAUCUUGAGACGAAAUUUUUACUUAACCGAUGUUUAUAGAUUUUUAUUUAUGGUGUCAAGGUACAAAGAUGUUGUACAGCGGUGCAGCUAUGCACAGUCUUGUCUGCUUAUGUUUAGUAAAUGCUAUUUUUAAAUGUUGGGGGGGAAAUAAAUGCAUUAUGGAAUCCUGAA